CGACCUGGGCAGCCAGAAUAGCUGAGAGAGAGAAGGAGCGGAGAGACUCUCUACAUCUGAUCUUAAUCUGGGAAAGCUUUUUUCUUGCCAUGGGGGUGGCACUGACCCGGGCGGCUCAGUGGACUACGGGUAAGCUGGAGGUCAGCCCGCUAAAUGAGGCCUUACUAAAGGACAUUGUGCACUUUGUGGAGCAGUUCAACAGCAGACACCCUCAGGAGGCGAAGCUGGUGUUUACUGAGCCGCUGCAGUGGACAACGGCUCUGCAAGCUUCUGAUUUCACCUCAGAAUAUGAGCUCAGUGGCUCCUCAGUGCACUCUCAGGAUACUGAUGAAGAUGAACGUCCCCUCCUCCAGUUGAUUCCUCCUGACAUCUCUGUGCGCAGCUUCAGCCACCUCUCCAAACUGGUGCAGCUGGCUAACGACAGCAAACUCAAGGAAGUGCGGGCCUGUUUGGAGGCUAACAUGGAGCCUGUGGUGAAGAUGCUGGGGCCAAACUUUACUACAACGGAAGGAAAGGACUCAUCUGCAGAAGCUGAGCUCAAAGUGAAACUGCUCCUUAUCCUGCAGCAACUGGACAUGCAGCUGCUCAACAGCUCCAUCACACAGCUCUCACAAGAGGUCAGGCUGAGUCCAGCUGCUGUAAAGCGUGAUGUUGAGCUGCUGAAGAGUGUGUGUGGUGGCGGAGAGAAGAGGCUGCUGAAGUCAGUGUGCUACACAUCAGAUUAUGAGUUCAGCAAUGGCUGCCGCUCACCUCCAUGGAGGCAAGUGCAUGGAGAGAUUGCCUACCUCAUCAUCGAGCCGUGUGACAUAGAACCACUGUUCAUCACCUGCAGCACUGCUGGAGUCUACCUCAAUUCGGGAAUCAAGCAAGAAGGAGAGGAGAAUGCUUAUGAGAGAAAAAGUGAUGUCUACAAAGACCUGGUCACACUUCUCAAGAGCAAGUCUCCACACUUUACUGAGAGCAUCAAUAAGCAGGAUUUUGUCAUUCAAGGAGAACCUCCGACCACUCUGAAAAUCCCACAUGUGGAAACCGUCGAUGUGGAGGAACGAGGCCAAACCCUGAGGUCUUACGAGCAUCAGCAAAAGAAUGUGCAUGAGAAGUCGAGACAACAGCUCGCGCUGAACAAGUCAGGCGGCGUGAAGAAAUUAGAACCAUCUUUGAAAUGGAAGAACCUCGGCCUCACGUCCCCUCAUGAAGAAACUGAGGUGAAGAAGGCAAGAAAAAAUGGAGGAGGUGAGAAAGCCACAGAAAGCCGGACCAAGUCCCCCAGGUCGGAGAGCAAGAAGAAGGCUGAUUUUUCUGGAUCUCCCUUACCAGGCCGUCUAUCUUCACAGAAAACUAAGAGCCCAGGUGGAGGAACAGGAGCUGAAGAGUUCAGUGAGAGCUCGUCUGAGAGUGAAGAGGAUGAAGAGCAGAGUGAGAGGCGAGGGGAGAGCCACACUGACCUGCCGUCUGAGUACUGGCAGAUUCAGAAGCUGGUCAAGUACUUAAAGGGAGGUAAUCAGACUGCCACAGUGAUCGCUCUCUGCUGUAUGAGAGAUUUUAACCUGGCUCAGGAGACGUGUCAGCUCGCCAUCAGAGACGUGGGGGGGCUGGAGGUGCUCAUUAACCUGCUGGACACUGACGAGGUCAAAUGUAAAAUUGGUUCUCUGAAGAUCCUGAAGGAGAUCAGUCGCAGCUCUCAGAUUCGGCGGGCCAUCGCUAACCUGGGGGGUCUGCAGACCAUGGUGUCUAUCCUGGACUCCCCAGACAAAGAGCUCAAAUGCCUGGCUGCAGAGACUAUUGCCAACGUGGCCAAGUUCAGGAGAGCCCGUCGAACCGUGCGUCAGUACGGUGGCAUCAAGAGACUGGUGGAGCUGCUAGAUUGCGUGCCUGACUCGGCCAUGCUGAGCGCAGAUCAGGAGAAAGACGUGGAAGUGGCCCGCUGUGGAGCUCUGGCACUGUGGAGCUGCAGCAAGAGCACCAGGAAUAAAGAGGCCAUCCGCAAGGCAGGUGGUAUCCCCCUGCUUGCCCGCCUGCUCAAAUCCCCCCAAAAGAACAUGCUCAUCCCUGUAGUGGGCACGCUGCAGGAGUGUGCCUCUGAGAUGAGCUACAGAAUAGCCAUUCAGACAGAGGGCAUGAUUGAGGAUCUGGUGAAGAAUCUUAACUGUGACAACCAGGAGCUUCAGAUGCACUGUGCAAGUGCCAUCUUUAAGUGUGCAGAGGAUAAGCGGACACGUGACCUAGUCCGGCAGUAUGAGGGUCUGGAGCCUCUUGUUGUUCUGCUCAAUGAGGCUGACAACAAGCAGCUGCUUGCAGCUGUCACCGGAGCCAUCUGGAAAUGCUCCAUCAGCAUGGAGAACGUAGUCAAGUUUGAGGAGUUCAAGGCUUUAGAGAUGUUGGUGAGUCUGCUGACAGAUCAGCCUGAAGAGGUGCUGGUCAAUGUGGUGGGGGCUCUGGGGGAAUGUGCUCAAAGACCUGCCAACCGUGCCACUAUCCGAAAGAGUGCUGGCAUCCCACCCCUGGUCAGCCUGCUGACAGGAACGAACCAGGCCCUACUAGUCAACGUUACCAGGGCUGUAGGAGCCUGCGCAACCGAGUCUGAGAACAUGACGAUCAUUGAUCGCCUGGAUGGGGUGCGCCUGCUCUGGUCCUUGCUGAAGAACCCGAAUCCCGAUGUCCAGGCUAGUGCUGCUUGGGCCAUCUGCCCUUGCAUAGAGAAUGCAAAGGAUGCGGGGGAAAUGGUGCGUUCCUUCGUGGGCGGCUUGGAGCUGAUUGUUAAUUUGCUGAAAUCGCCGAAUAAGGAGGUGCUGGCCAGUGUGUGCGCAGCCAUUGCCAAAAUCGCCAAAGAUGAGGAGAACCUGGCCGUCAUCACUGACCACGGAGUGGUGCCCAUGCUUUCCAACCUCACCAACACAGCAGAUGAUAAGUUGCGCAGGUAUCUAGCAGAGGCUGUUGCACGCUGCUGUAUGUGGGGCAGUAACCGUGUGGCGUUCGGGGAGGCUGGGGCUGUAGCUCCUUUGGUCCGCUACCUGCGAUCUAAAGACCCCUCAGUGCAUCAGGCCACAGCCCAGGCCCUCUUCCAGCUCUCCAAAGACCCCAACAACUGCAUCGCCAUGCAUGAGAACGGCGUGGUCAAGCUGCUGCUCGGGAUGAUGGGCUCCACGGACGAGGUGCUGCAGGAGGCGGCAGCCGGCUGCGUGGCCAACAUUCGUCGUCUGGCGCUGGCCAAUGAGAAGGCUAAGUAUGGCUAA